CGAAGGAUGGCUCGGGGUGGGGCGGGGGCAGAGGAGGCCUCCCUCCGCUCAAACGCGUUGUCCUGGCUGGCCUGCGGGCUCCUGGCACUGCUGGCCAACGCCUGGAUCAUCCUCAGCAUCUCGGCCAAGCAGCAGAAGCACAAGCCGCUGGAGCUGCUGCUCUGCUUCCUGGCAGGCACGCACAUCCUCAUGGCGGCCGUGCCCCUCACCACCUUCGCUGUGGUGCAGCUCCGGCGCCAGGCCUCCUCCGACUAUGACUGGAACGAAAGCAUCUGCAAGGUCUUUGUGUCCACCUACUACACGCUGGCCCUGGCCACCUGCUUCACCGUCGCCUCGCUCUCCUACCACCGCAUGUGGAUGGUGCGCUGGCCCGUCAACUACCGCCUCAGCAACGCCAAGAAGCAGGCGCUGCACGCCGUCGUGGGCAUCUGGAUGGUCAGCUUCAUCCUCUCCACGCUGCCCUCCAUCGGCUGGCACAACAACGGCGAGCGCUACUACGCCCGCGGCUGCCAGUUCAUCGUCUCCAAGAUUGGCCUCGGCUUUGGCGUCUGCUUCAGCCUCUUGCUACUUGGGGGCAUCGUCAUGGGGCUGGUCUGUGUGGCCAUCACCUUCUACCAGACGCUGUGGGCCCGGCCCCGGAGGGCUCAACAGGCCCGGAGAGCGGGGGCUGGGGGCGGGGCCAAGGGGGGUGGGCCAGGGGGGUUGGGCACCCGGCCAGCCUUUGAGGUGCCGGCCAUUGUGGUGGAGGAUGCCCGAGGGAAGCGGAGGUCCUCGCUGGAUGGGUCCGAGUCGGCCAAGACAUCCCUGCAGGUCACCAACUUGGUCAGCGCCAUCGUCUUUCUCUAUGACUCACUCACAGGGGUGCCCAUCUUGGUGGUGAGCUUCUUCUCCCUGAAGUCGGACUCGGCUCCCCCCUGGAUGGUGCUGGCCGUGCUGUGGUGCUCCAUGGCACAGACGCUGCUGCUGCCUUCCUUCAUCUGGUCCUGCGAGCGCUACCGCGCCGACGUGCGCACGGUGUGGGAGCAGUGCGUGGCUAUCAUGUCCGAGGAGGAUGGCGACGACGAUGGGGGCUGCGAUGAUUAUGCAGAUGGCCGAGUGUGCAAAGUUCGCUUUGAUGCCAAUGGGGCCACAGGACCAGGGGGUAGGGACCCUACCCAAGUGAAGCUGCUGCCUGGAAGGCACACGCUCUUUCCCCCUCUUGAGAGGGUCCACUACUUACAGGUCCCUCUGUCCCGCCGUCUGUCCCACGAUGAGAUCAACAUCUUCUCUACUCCUCGGGCACCUGGCUCUUUCCUGCACAAGUGGUCAUCCUCUGAUGACAUCCGGGUCCUCCCAGCCCAGAGCCGGGCCCUAGGGGGCCCUCCUGAGUACCUGGGACCGAGACAAAGGCUGGAGGAGGAGGAGGAGGAGGCUGAAGGCGGGGGGCUGGCCAGCCUUCGCCAAUUCCUGGAGGGCGGGGUUCUGGGGUCAGGUGGGGGACCCCCACGGGGUCCAGGCUUCUUCCGAGAGGAGAUCACCACCUUCAUUGACGAGACACCUCUGCCUUCUCCGACGGCCUCGCCGGGGCCCUCUCCUCGCCGGCCCAGGCCGCUGGGAGUCUCACCCCGCCGACUCUCCCUUGGGUCCCCUGAUAGCAGAGUCGUUGGACUUCCUUUGGGGCUAAGUGCAGGGCGACGCUGCUCCCUGACAGGAGGUGAGGGGAGUGCAAGAGCUUGGGGAGGAUCUUGGGACCCAGGUAACCCCAUCUUCUCCCAGCUGACCCUGUGAGCCCAGGUGGGCCUGCUGGACUCGGGGGUGGGGGGGCCUGGGUGCGUAAUGCCUCGUUCUGUCCCUGACCCUGAGGCAGCUGCCUCCAGACUCUGGGGAGAUGGAACCCCUGCUGUCUCCCAUCCAAGUGACCAGAUGCCUGACUCACCUUCCAUCAUCCCUAGCAAAAUGUAUUAAAGUCUGAAGUGUCACCAUGGAAA